AUUUGCUUCGUGUGUGAAAUCCAUUUGUCGUGUUACAAGUGCGUCUAUUACUAUUAUUAUAGAGUGUGUUUCGAGUGAACUUAUUUAUUAGAAUUUGUAGAAUUUAGAAUUUUUGGAUUAUUGAAUUAUUGAAUUACUCGAAAUUUUCUCAAUUUUCCGUUUCAUUUUCUUUCAAUUCAGAGUGUUUAAUUUUCCGUGCAAUAUUGUUGGAUUGGUAUAAAAUGUGACGGGCAGGGAAAACGAAUUUUUCAUAAUUAAGGUUUUAAAAUGAGUUCUCGUAAAAGAACGUCGACUAAUUCUAGAAAUAGAUUUUCGGUUGUUGAAAAAUCGGAUAAUGUGCUUUUUAGAGGUUUUUUGAAAUAUUUUCAACCUUGUGUGGGCGAUUAUAUUAGACAUCCUGUUGUUUACGAACUUUCACACAAAUAUGGAGUGGCAGGUAGUGACCAAGUGCCCUUACCAGCUCGUCUUGACGAACUUCGGGAGCAUAUUCGUCGAGAAAUACGAAAGGAACUAAAAAUAAAAGCCGGUGCAGAGAAACUGCGGGAGGUGGCGACUGAUCGUAAAGCUCUCUCUGAUGUUGCUAUGAUUGUGAAAAAGGCAAAUACGAAGCUCAGUGAGCUUCAAGCAGAACUACAGCAGCUUGAAAGUCAAAUUAUAUUGACUCAGGGACAACCACAGUCUCCUCAACAAAAUCACUCCAACGGGCAAGAUACUCCAAUGUCUCCGACUGGUCCAGCGUCACCAAGUCAAGAAGGUCUUUUUACUGACCUUCGACUUCUCUCAUUAGAAAAGCAGCUUAAUAUUGAAACGAAGGUGAAGCAAGGUGCGGAGAAUAUGAUACAAAGCUUGACCAGUGGACAUAGAGAUAAAAAAUUAUUACAAGAGGCACAGCAAAUGUUGGACGAUUCUCGGGCAAAAAUUGAAUUUUUACGCAUGCGAAUAAUGAAGUUAAAUCAAGCGCGAGAACAACAGCAUGCCAGAGGUGAUGUACCUCCACCAAAUGGUGAAACUACGAGCAACAAAGAUAGGUAUGAGCCAAGUUUGGAGCUUGCCUUGGAAGAGAGGGUAGAGGAGCUUCGGCAUCGAUUACGGAUUGAGGCUGCCGUUGUAGAGGGAGCAAAGAAUGUGAUUCGUCUUCUUCAAAGUGCCAAAGUUGCCGAUAAGAAGGCCUUGGCCGAGGCUCAAGCAAGUUUGUCAGAGUCGAGUCGAAAAUUGGACCUACUGAGACUUUCGUUGGAACUCAGAAGGCAGGAGUUGCCAACCGACAGUGCCACGGCGGUGCAGCUUAAACGUGAAUUAGCUAGUGUGCAGUCAGCGAGUCCAAUUCCAGUUACUUAUACAUCGUUACAACCUUUCCGUGGACCACUAGAAGGAAGAGCGACAGUACCAGCAUCUGUCUCAAGAUGUGCCGCUGUCACUGGGCAGCUAGAGGUAAGACUAAUGGGAUGUCAGGAUUUAGCAGAGGAAGUUCCUGGACGAACAAGAAGAGAACAUCCGGCCAGUCCUGAUUUACGCAGCUUUGUUAAAGGUGUUACUGGUCGAAGUUCGAGCAAAUCUUACAGCGUUAAAGACGAGACAAGUAACGAUAUUAUGGCAGUUAUUAAAUUAGAUAAUCAAACGGUAGCACAAACUAGUUGGCGGCCUUGUUCUCAGCAGGCAUGGGACCAAAGGUUUUCCAUCGAACUAGACAAAUCUAGAGAAUUGGAAAUCGGUAUUUAUUGGAAAGAUUGGAGAUCUCUUUGUGCAGUGAAAUUCUUGCGUUUAGAAGAAUUUAUCGACGACGUUCGACAUGGAAUGGCGUUACAAUUAGAACCCCAAGGUUUACUCUUUGCUGAGAUUAAAUUUUUAAAUCCCAUGAUAUCGAGGAAGCCAAAAUUACAGCGUCAGAGAAAGAUUUUCAAGCAGCAAGUGAAAAAUUUCCCACGAGCGAAUCAAAUGAAUAUCAAUGUUGCCACUUGGGGAAGACUUUUAAAACGUUCUGCUCCUUCACUUCACAGUACAAGGAGUUCUGAAAGUCCGCCUUCAAGUGUACAAUGUUCGCAACCGACACAAAUUGCCUUUGACUCUUCUGUGGAGGACAAAUCUGAAACUCCAGGAGAAUUGCCAGAUCCUGAGAAGGGAGGAUUAGGUGGUGCACGACCCUUGGGAAUGAAUAUAGCAAACGAAAUUCCUGUGCUGCCAAGUCCUCCUGAACAUCCACCUCCUCCUCCCCCACCAUCUUUGAUAAAGAAACCUUCGAUGCCAGCACCUCCUCCACCUCCAAAACUAGAUCAAGAGUUGCAGAGUGCGUUAAGGGAGUUUGAUUUCCUGCACAUCGAAGAGAAGGGCGGGCAUCAGGGGGCAAGCUUGAGGCCCCUUGUGACCGAGCCCCGACCUGUGCUGAUUGCACCACCCUCUCCACGCACCCCCUCGCCCCAACCUGUCGUCGAGUUUCCCGAAGACGAGGUCAUUUAUGAGAUGCCAGUUAGAACUUUGCAAUCACGAAGACAAUCGCAACUUACUGGUAUGACAUUGGAUAACUUUAGAUUACUUUCCGUUCUUGGACGUGGACAUUUUGGCAAAGUAAUUCUCUCGCAAUAUAAAAAUACUGGAGAGUAUUUUGCAAUUAAAGCUUUAAAAAAAGGAGACAUCAUUGUAAGAGAUGAAGUUGAGUCUCUUCUUUCGGAAAAGAGAAUAUUUGAAGUGGCCAAUACCACACGACAUCCGUUCCUAGUGAACUUAUUUGCGUGUUUCCAAACUGAAGCACACGUUUGUUUUGUGAUGGAAUACGCAGCUGGUGGAGAUCUUAUGAUGCACAUUCAUGCGGAUGUUUUUGGAGAGCCACGCGCAGUCUUUUAUUCUGCGUGUGUUGUAUUAGGCUUGCAAUAUUUACACGAAAGUCGAAUCAUUUAUAGAGACUUAAAAUUGGAUAAUUUACUCUUGGACACGGAGGGUUAUGUGAAAAUCGCGGACUUUGGAUUAUGUAAAGAGGGAAUGGGCUUUGGAGAUCGAACAGGAACUUUUUGCGGUACUCCCGAGUUCUUGGCACCUGAAGUUCUGACCGAAACUUCAUACACACGCGCUGUAGAUUGGUGGGGUCUUGGAGUUUUAAUAUUUGAGAUGCUUGCCGGAGAGUCUCCUUUCCCUGGUGAUGAUGAGGAGGAAGUUUUUGAUUCCAUUGUAAAUGAUGAAGUUCGUUAUCCUCGAUUCCUAUCACUUGAAGCAAUUGCCAUAAUGAGAAGACUACUUAGAAAAAAUCCUGAUCGAAGAUUAGGAAGUAGUGAAAGAGAUGCAGAAGAUGUCAAAAAACAAGCGUUCUUCAGACACAUAGCUUGGGAUGAUUUGCUUUUAAGACGUGUUAAACCUCCAUUCGUUCCUGUUAUUCAUUCUGUUGAGGAUGUAAGCAAUUUCGAUGAAGAAUUCACAUCUGAAAAGCCUCAUCUAACGCCACCGAAGGAUCCAAGACCGCUCAGUGAUAUGGAGCAAGGAUUAUUUAGAGACUUCACGUACAUGGCUGACUGGUGCUAACAAAUUAGAUAACAAAUUAACAACAAACUUUGCGAAAAUUGAAGGUAUUGAACAGUUUCUAUAAAAAAAAAAAAUCUCACGCCGAUAACAAUAAUCAAUAAGAUAUACAAAAUUUUACCAGUCCUUUCGACAUUGAAACGCACCGCCACCAGAGUUGGUCCAAUUAAGUUACACGCAUAAAGUAAUUAUUGUUUUCAUCACUGGUGAUAUCAGUUUGCAGCUUUUCUUUAACGAAUUUAAAAAAAAAAUUUUAAUAUAGAUAUCUUAAUAUUAAGAAAGAUUCGAAAAUUCUAAAACGAAAACAAAAAUUGUGCAUCAUUACGAAGCAUAUCGUAAAUUUUAUUAGCUAUUUUUAUCUACGUGAAAAAUUGUUUAUCUUUAAAAAAUACUUCUGCACAUGCAGCUACAUAAUAACGCAUAAUAUGAGAGCUGUUUUAAGCUCUUUAAUAAGCGUUCAUGAUAUUAUUUCAGCAGAAAGUACUCGCGCCCUUUUGCUGCACAUCAAAAGCUAUAUUUUACAAAAUCAGAUAUUUGCUCAUAAUCAUGUGAUAAUUAUCAGAAAUUGAGCUUACACGUAAACGAAGAGAGAAACAUUUUUAUUACAUUUCGUUUCGUUCUGAUUACUCAAUUUUUAAAUUCAUGAAAUUUUGUAAUUUGUUAGAUUCAUUGCUCUUUUUUUAGAUUCAUUGCCAAAUUUGGCUUUAUUUUGCAUUUUAAUGAUACUCAAAACUUUAUUGGAUAAAGUAAUAGAAGCGGAGACAAUCGUGCCGUACUUAAAACUAUGAAAGGGAACAAAUAUUUCCUUCCAAUUCAUAAAAAAAGUACUUUUAUAUAAAAAAAAGAAAGAAAAAAAUGGUUUCUAAAAUUCGAAUAACUCCAUUCCAUAAUAUUCCGAAAUUUAAUUCGGAGAAGGAUUCCUGUUCUAAGCAUUGGAAUUUUUCAAAUUAUUGUAAAUAAUUCUCUCGCUUUUCAAAAGCCUUACUUUUUUAAUACUCUAAUACUCUUUUGGUACUCGGUUUACAUUAAAAAGAAAAUAAUUUCCUUUACAGAUUUUAAUGUUUGUAGGAAAGAAAAAAACGUGCCUGAUUUUUUAUAAAUGGUUGUUUUUUUUACCGAACAAGCAUAGAUUUUUAAUAUCAUGAGAUAGACAAAAUAUGUAUUUUAUUUAAAGAAAAAAAAAACGACCAUUAAAAAAAGAUUCAUAUCUAAAAAUUUGUAAGAUUUUCAGAAAUUGAAUACAAUUUCUUAAAAAUGAAGAAAAAAAAAGAUACUAUACCACCCUGUUGACUGAUUUAAGCCGUACGAAUGGAGAUUAACUGUAUAAAAAUAAUUAAUUUUAAAUCCGUCUUAUAUAGUAUUUUUUAUCAAUAUAAAUCAAUUUCAAUAAUAAUGUAUGCUUUAAUUCACAUCUCAUUGAAGGUACGGUUGAAGCAGCAAUAAAAUUUUGUAAGUUGUAUAUAAACAUAAUACUGAUAUUGAAACAUUAUUCUAAUUAAGUAAUAAUCUGCUGAAAUCAUUUCAACUUAUAUACUCAAGAUUAUUUCAGAUAAUAAAUAGAAAAAAAUUA